ACUGUCAUUCGAAAUUUAGCUAAUCGUGUACACUUGAACUUAAAAUCAUUAUAAAUUAAGCAAAUUGAGUAAACAGUAAAGAUGCUGCGGUACUUGUGUUUCCUGGCUAUCAUAUUAGGAGUCAGAUCGGCUUUAGCGCCGUUCAUAAAGCCAUGCAAGACCGGCGACCGGCAAUGCAUCAUCCGCUCCGCACAGGCGGCUCUGCCCAUCGUUGCCCCCGGCAUUCCCGAGCUGAACGUGCCGUCCAUGGACCCGCUGCGGCUCGACCUAGUCAAGGGUGACACGGGCAGUCUUAAACUUACCUUCAAGAACACUGAUGUGAAGGGGAUGAAAGGAUGUUCUGUUGAUAAUGCUAAACAAGACUUAGUCAAGGGCAAGGCGUCGGUGACGAUUCGGUGCACGGUGACGUUAACGGGCGACUACGAGCUCGGCGGGCAGCUCGCCUUGCUGCCUGUGCAGGGGCAGGGCAAAUACACAAUCGACAUACGUGAUAUAAUAAUAAAGGCGUACACGGACCAGGAGACUGUGACGGGCGCGGACGGCAAACCGCACUGGCACAUUAAGGACUGGCGACACACCUACCAGGUUAAGACCAGCACCGUUUUCCACUUUGACAACCUCUUUGGCGGAAACAAGGCACUAGGCGAGCCGAUCCAGCAGUUCCUAAACUCCAAUUGGCGCGACGUAAUGAACGAGGUAGCUCCCCCCAUUGUGUACGCGAUCGUUGAAGGCGUCGUCAAAGGUGUCGAGGCUCUCUACAAGGCAGUCCCCGCUGAAGAGCUCUACAUUCCAUAGAAUUGUAUUCAUAAUACGGGUGUUUUGAAAAUCAUUCCUAACUUGCCUGAUUGUCUGUACAAUUAUUGCAGGGGCUAGCUGGCUGUAUAUUUAUUUUUAAAUUUAGUGUAGAAUUAAACGAUUUUCCUGAUUUUGAACGGUUUUCAGUU